AGUCUUCCGAUGUUGGCGCAUCACGCGUCUGCAUCCCCACACAUCUCUCCACACAGUGCUUUUUCGGAACACAGUGAUUAGUUGGGGGAGUGGAGAGUGGAUAUGGGCCCGGGGGAAACUACGGGAAGCGAGCCUGUGUGCAUUCGGCUGCAAGAACCAACUCUUGCCGACUUCCUUGAAAGUCCGGUGCGGAAAUCGAACCAAGUCUCACGGCUCACACCCCUCAAACCGCUCAACGGGCAACUUUCAAAUUCCAACAAGCGAAACAUUGGAGCAAAAGAAUGGGCUCAGGGCAAAGCACCACCGGCCGCGGCCUACCCGCACCCUUCAACUUCACCGGCCCCGUCAACACCACUCCCUACAACGCCGGCGGCGCCCCUUCAACCAGCGCUCCCCCCGCCUAUCCUCCUCGAGACGGCGACGGUCCUCCUCCACCAACCGCACCUACUGGCUACCCUCCAGGUGGGACAGGCGCUCCAGCACCUUUUCCCGGCCCGUCGACCUACACCUCGGCGCUUCAACCCGACGUGCACACAGCGUACUACGACCCCGCCUACAAUGCGCCACGCGGGUGCUGUGGAAUGCCUGUCUCGUUCUGGCUGUUUGCCCUCGGCAUCAUCUUUCCGAUCUUCUGGUUGUGCGGGUUGUGUUGUUUGUUUAGUCGGAAUCCGUACGAACGCGUUUGGGCAAAGGCGAUUUUGUUUUCGCUGAUGAUCUAUGCGAUUGUGGGAUUGGUGUUGGGGAUUCUGGGCGGAUUGGGGUGGGGGAGGGGCUAGUGGUGCGAUGGAAUGGCGGCACGGGUACGAAGUGGUUGUCUUCUCUUAUACAAGGGGAUAUAUACGCCGCCUUCGACAUCGGUCUUGCUAGGUUAGGAAUAAAAUCAAAAAAUCUGUUCCAAAAACUUUCGGACGGGUUCUGCUGUCAGUACGGAGAGCCUGGCGGCUUCGUAAGAGUCUCCAGUAGUCGUCCCGGUCGUCUGUCUCCGUUUCUCUGUACGGGAUCACUUAGUCUUCCUUUUCCGAAGACGCUUGCGAUGGCUGCUUGAGCGAAGGGGAAGAAGCUGUCAGACAGCG